GCAACUUGGGGCAAGUAAGGGGAAAAAAAGGGGAAGAAAUCCACGUCGAGGCCGCUUAGCUUCCAUAACAACGAGCGUCAGUGUUCUUAAUGUGCGCGGUUAUUUGAACAACAAACGCUGCUGUCGUUAAAGAGGAUAACGGCUUUCAUAGUGGCGGGCUGACGCAGAAUAUUCCACAUUAGCCGUGUUUUGCCCGAGAGGACGACAAUGGAGCUGGAAGACGGAGUUGUGUACCAGGACGACCCGGGAACCUCGGCGAUGAUGUCCGAGCGGGUGUCGGGCCUGGCCAACUCCAUCUACCGCGAGUUCGAGCGGCUCAUUGGGAAAUACGACGAGGACGUGGUGAAGGAGCUGAUGCCGCUGGUCGUGGCCGUGCUGGAAAACCUGGACUCGGUGUUUGCGGAGAAUCAGGAGCACGAAGUGGAGCUGGAGCUCCUGAAGGAGGACAACGAGCAGCUCAUCACCCAGUACGAGAGGGAGAAAGCGCUGAGGAAACACGCAGAGGAGAAAUUCAUUGAAUUUGAGGACACACAUGAACAGGAGAAGAAGGACCUGCAGAUUUACGUGGACAGAAUGGAGUCCCACUCUCGACAGCUGGAACUCAAGAUCAAAAACUUCGCAGAUCAGAUUGGCAGGUUAGAAGAACGUGAGAUGGAGCUUAAGAAGGAAUACAACUCUCUCCAUCAGCGGCACACUGAGAUGAUUCAUAAUUACAUGGAGCACGUAGAGAGGAUCAAAAUGCAGCAGAUAAAUGAGACCACGGAGUCGAGCACAGUGGGUCGGGGCAGGAGAGAUCGGCCUCUUUCUCUAGGAAUCUUCCCGUUGUCUGGUGGGACUUCUGUACUAAUCCCGGACCUCCCGGGCAGGGCAGAGACGCCCAGAACGGAUGGCUGGAGAUUCGGAGACUCUGCGCAGCCACGUUCCAACACUAGUCUCAAGCAGUUGGACCUGAACGAGCCCUCAAAGAAAAGGGAGGGUAAGAGUGCACAGGACUCUACUUGGGGGAAUUCACUGGCAGACGACUGCAAGGAUGAGCUGUCAGACUUCAGCUGCUCCAAAUCAGCCACUCCGAUGUCUACAACGGCCUCGGACGUGGAAAGGGAGGAUGGAAACAGUAAGAACACGGAGGUUCAGGCAGCGCCUGGGACUAGAUCCAUAUCAGUGGGAUUGCCUGAAAAUGAGGACAGCUCAGAUGUGCAGGACAUUAUAGAGUCCACCCCCGAGUUGGAUAUGGAUCUCACUGGAUACAAGGGUUGCAGUACGCCUACUAAAGGCAUAGAGAACAUGGCGUUUGACCGCAACACAGACUCUCUUUUUGAGGAGCUGUCGUCUGCAGGCACUGGGCUCAUCGGGGAUGUGGAUGAAGGCGCCGACCUGCUCGUGGAGUACUCUGACUUUAGUUUAAUUGGUAUGGGUCGGGAAGUUGAAAAUCUCAUUCAGGAGAAUUCACAACUACUUGAAACAAAGAACGCGCUGAAUGUGGUGAAUAAAGACUUGAUUAUGAAGGUGGAUGAGUUGACUUGUGAGAAGGAAAUGCUGCAGGGAGAGCUGGAAGCUGUGCUUCAAGCCAAGACUAAGCUGGAGGAUAAAAACAGAGAGCUGGAGGAGGAACUCAAAAAAGUUCGAGUGGAGAUGGAGGAGACAAAACAGAAAACUAAAGAUGAAGAAGAUAGCGAUGUGCCGACAGCCCAGAGGAGGCGCUUCACCCGUGUGGAAAUGGCCAGAGUCCUGAUGGAGAGGAACCAGUACAAAGAGAGACUAAUGGAGCUGCAAGAAGCAGUGCGGUGGACAGAGAUGAUCAGGGCCUCGAGGGAGAAUCCCACUCUAACAGAAAAGAAGAAAUCCAGCAUUUGGCAGUUCUUCAGCCGACUCUUUAGCUCCUCCUCCAGCGCCCCAGCGAUAAAGAAGGUGGAGUCUCAAUCCAACGUAAGGUACAACUCCCCGGGCAGCCUGGUAAAGAGGAGCAGCACCUUCUCCCAGUUCCCCACAGAAAAGUCCAAGACCUUCGACUUUCUCAAUGAAGAAAAGGACCAGUGCAGUUCACCAUCACGUAAAGAGCAAAAGAGAGCCCAGUACAGACAGGUCAAGGCACACAUGCAGAAAGAGGAUGGUCGCGUUACUGCACAUGGCUGGAGCCUGCCCGGCAAAUACAAGGUGGCAAAUGGUGGACAGAUGGAGAACAAAAUUAAUUUACCAGUACCUGUAUACCUGAGACCUCUGGACCAGAAAGAUGCUUCUAUGAAGUUGUGGUGUGCUGCGGGCAUCAACCUGUCUGGGGGAAGGACGCUGUCCAAACAGAAAAAAGGCUCUCAGAGUAGUCUGGACCAGCUGGAAACAGAGAGUAAGGAUCAGGAGAAAGGGGAGCAGGAGAAGGACAGGGAGAUGACCCUACAUGAUGAGAUGUCUAGUCGAUUGUGGGUGUGCACCAGCACGCAGUCAUCCACCAAAGUGAUGGUUCUGGAUGCCACUCAUCCAUCUGACCUUCUUGACAGCUUUUACGCCUGCAACACCCAUGUCCUUUGCAUUGCCAGUGUCCCAGGUGUAUUGGAGACAGAUUAUCCAGCAGGUGAGGAGGUUCCUCAAGACCUGGAGGCUAGUCAGGGUGAUGGGGUGUCCCUGGCUGGCAGUGUGGCCAGUGUGGGCUCAACAGGCAGCGACGGUACCAUGGCAGCAGAGGGAACCACAGCUGUCCCACAGACAGUCAGCUCGGGGGCCGCUGACCAGCCGGCUGAGCACAGUGCUGUCACCGGUUCAGUUGAGCUGUCCAGAGAGACAAGCGCAGCAGAAGACGGAGUUCCCACUGCAGAAGAGGCAACAGAAGCCACAGAGGCUAAUCCUGGGAUGGACGAAGGAGAAGAAGGACAAAGUGCAGAUAACAAUCAGCCGGGAAUCUACACAGAGCACGUGUUCACCGACCCACUGGGGGUGGGACCCACUGACUCCUCUACUGCUGACACACAGAGAGCCUCUGAGCAGGAUGGCGUUACGCCUUUACCCGAGGACUUGGAUCCGAGCGAGGGGGAGGUACUUAGAAUGAGCAGCGCCCGCCCCACCAUGUGGCUAGGGGCACAGAAUGGAUGUCUUUAUGUCCACUCGUCUGUGGCUCGAUGGAGGAAGUGUCUGCAUGCCACAAAGCUGAAAGACUCGAUCUUCAGCAUAGUGCAUGUUAAAGGGAGAGUCUUGGUUGCACUGGCAGAUGGAACAUUAGCAAUAUUCCAGAGAGCCAUUGCAGAUGGUCAGUGGGAUUUAACAAACUACCACCUGCUGGAUCUGGGCAGACCUCAUCACUCUAUCCGCUGUAUGAUAGUGGUCCAUGACAAGGUGUGGUGUGGCUACAGGAACAAGAUCUACAUCAUUCAGCCCAAGGCCAUGAAGAUAGAGAAAUCGUUUGACGCUCAUCCUCGCAAGGAGAGCCAGGUGCGCCAGCUGGCCUGGGUGGGAGAUGGAAUCUGGGUGUCCAUCCGCCUCGACUCAACCCUACGACUGUUUCAUGCGCACACCUUCCAUCACCUUCAGGAUGUUGACAUUGAACCUUACGUCAGCAAGAUGCUAGGUACAGGGAAGCUGGGCUUCUCAUUUGUGAGAAUCACAGCCCUUGUGGUUUCUUGCAAUCGACUGUGGGUGGGGACUGGCAAUGGCGUCAUCAUUUCUAUCCCACUGUCUGAAGCCAAUAACGCCACAGGAAUAGUGCCAAAUCGGCCCGGCAGUGCUGUCCGGGUGUACAGUGAUGAUGGUGCCGACUGUGCCGUGUCAGGCAGCUUUGUGCCAUACUGCUCCAUGGCUCAUGCCCAGUUGUGUUUCCAUGGACACAGAGAUGCUGUCAAGUUUUUUGUCACUGUGCCAGGUCAGGCGAUACCCCCUCCAGGAAGUGCAGACUCGGGCUCUGAUGACCCUGCAUCGGAAUCCUCUGACAAUACCACUUCUGAACCCAAAACGUACCUGGUGAUGAGUGGAGGCGAAGGCUAUAUUGACUUCAGAAUGGGUGAUGAAGGUGGCGAGUUGGACGGUUUGUCAGAGUCGACAGACAGCCAGCAGUCAGCAAGGACCAAAGCGGAGAGGAGCCACCUCAUCGUCUGGCAGGUCACAACCUCUCAAGACUGACAACAUCCCAGUCAGCUGUGUCAACACCAGAGUCAGCCACCAAUCCCUGCAUGGCCCUGAAGGUUUUUAAUGUAAUAACGCGGAUUGUUAUUAAUGCCUGAGUAGAUGGUGAGUUUGUAAAAAAAAAAAAAUUGUUAUUCUUAGUCCGUGUUUUGUACUGUUCAAAAUUAUUUGGAAUUAGUUUGGCCAGACAUCGGUUAGCUUGAAGGAAACAUUGCUUUCAGUAAAAUGUGUUGCACACAGGAGAAGGACAAAGUUAAUAACAGUUUGACUAAUGCUGUUUUUUCCUCCUGAAUAGCUAAAAAGUGUUUCAGUAUGACUGAAUGAAGGGAAAAUACUGUGGCAUCAACAGGCUUGAAGCGAUUUUGUAGUAAUAAGAGCAAGCAAGCAAA